AAAUUUCUGUUAAGCGACGCCAUUUCAGACAAAUGCCUCAACGGCAGGACGGCACAAAGAUGAGAAUUCGUCAGACACUGUUUGUUAAAUUAAACGCGUGAGAAUAAACUAAUCCAAAACCCUAUCAUUAUGCCACCAAUUUUACACAUCCUAAUAAAAAUCCAUCAGUUUAUGUUGCCGCAAACAGCAUAAAUUCAUCCUCAAGCCUGGUCAUUCUCAAAUUCAGAUGGCCAUGGAGAUGUGAAAAUAUUGCACUGAUUAAAAUGGGUCUUCUGGGUGGGUCACGGAAUUCUGUGCAAUCUUCCUCGGCCUCUACUCCUGCUUCUAGUCGUCAUAGUAACAAUCACAAUAAUUAUCGUCAUCGCAGGGCAGAGAGCGAUGUCACGGAUUCCUCAAGCACUGGAAGCAUUGACAAUGUCUCCUCUGAUAACAGCAAUACCAAUAGCCUUAAAUCCACUCCCCCGUCUUUGCCCCGAUCGCAAAGUCUCAGGAGGCAAAGUAGUCAGCAGUUUCUUCGUUACGAGUGCAGAGACGCUCCGCAUUUUGAACUUCGGGAAGAUCCUUAUUACACAACGAAUGCCAACGUGAAGGUUAUGAUACGUAUUCGUCCGCUUAGUGCCGACGAAAUUGUGUCCAACGGUUACUGGAGAUGCAUCAGGCAGGAAAGUGCGCACUCGUUAACAUGGCUAGGGCAUCCCGAGACCAGGUUCUCUUUCGACCACGUUGCUUCUGAGAGUGUUACUCAGGAAGAAGUAUUUAACGUUGUUGGGGCACCUAUGGUUGAGAAUUGUUUGGCUGGCUACAAUAGUUGCAUGUUUGCAUAUGGGCAGACAGGAAGUGGUAAGACACAUACCAUUCUUGGAGUCCUUGAAGGAUUUGAUGGUAAUCUGAGUGAAGGCCGUGGAUUGACACCUCGUAUUAUUGAGCAUUUAUUUGCAAGAAUUCAACAAGAUGAAAGAAUAAAUGAAAGCCUGAAGUAUUCCUGCAAAUGUUCUUUUUUGGAGAUCUACAAUGAACAAGUCACAGACCUAUUGGAGCCUACAUCAACAAAUUUGCUUGUAAGAGAGGACCACAAAAGAGGUGUAUAUGUGGAAAAUCUUACUGAAGUAGAUGUGAUGUCAGUUCAAGAUGCAAUUACACUGCUACGCAAGGGCACUGCAAACAGGAAAGUUGCUGUUACAAUCAUGAAUAAAGAAAGUAGCCGUUCACAUAGUAUAUUCACCUGUUCUGUACAAUGCAGAAAUGGAUCUUUGAACAAGACACUAUAUGGUCUUCUCCAUUUGGUUGAUUUGGCAGGUUCAGAAAGGCAGAAGCUUUCAGGUGCUGAAGGUGGACGCUUAAAAGAAGCCACAAAUAUCAACAAAUCUUUGUCCACUUUGGGACUAGUGAUCAUGAACCUGGUUGACAUUGCUAAUGGAAAGCAGCGGCAUGUGCCAUACCGCGAUUCAAAACUUACUUUUCUAUUACAGGAUUCACUUGGUGGAAACUCAAAAACUACAGUGGUUGCAAAUAUCAGCCCAUCUAGCUGUUCAUCAGUGGAAACACUGAGCACACUGAAGUUUUCUCAACGAGCAAAGUUCAUACAGAAUGCUGUGGUCGUUAAUGAAGAUACAACUGAAGAUAUUUCAGCGAUGCGGGCACAAAUUAAACUGUUGAAGAAAGAGUUGCAGCAAGCACAAUACACGCAGAAGGCUUCCUUUUAUUCUUUUACAACACCUCCACGUAGAUUCAACAACUUGCAUGAUGAUUCUGAAAGUCCUUCUGCUGAUCGUACUGGUGAUUUCGAGUCUGCUUAUAUCUGCAAUGGUGGCCAAAUUAAAAGUUCAGCUUCUCCGUUGGUUUCUAGUGCAAAAUGUAUCUGUGAAGGUGGAGAAUGUUCAACUAACUGUAUGUGGAAGAUACGGAGUUUGGAAAGUAUUGUAGCAGGAGCCUUGAGACGAGAAUUACAAUCCGAACGCCUUUCAAAGCAUUUAUCCACUGAAAUUGAGUACCUGCAAUGUUUGGUUCGACAGCGUGAAGAUGAAACUCAGUGCAGUCGAAUGUUGUUAAGGUUCCGUGAAGAAAAAAUUUCGAAAAUGGAAUCUGCUGUAGGAGGUUCUAUCUCCUCAGCAACAAUAUUAUCAGAAGAAAAUAAGGCAUUAAAGGAAGAAGUAAAGCUUCUUCGAGGACGGAUUGAUCGUAAUCCAGAGCUAAUCCGUUUUGCAAUGGAAAACAUUAAACUCAUAGAACAGAUUCGAAGGUAUAGGGAGUUUUAUGAGGGUGGAGAACGAGACGUUAUGAUAGAGGAGAUAUCGAAUCUUCGAGAUAAGAUUCUGAUUGUGCUGUCUAGUUUCUUCUUCAUGAAACAGUUAGCUGAACUGCUUGAUUGGAAGCAGCAGCACGAACUAAGCUCUGGCAAAGGCCUGCUUGAUCUGGUACAAAUGGUUUCUAAUGUAGACAAGAAAAGCUGGAAUACAUGGCUUAUGUGUGGAAAGACAAAUUCCCAGAUGGCUAGACAUAUAGGUGAGAUUGAAACACACCUUGCUCAUCUCAAGAAGCUGUUCUCUGAGCAACAAGAAGUGAUAAACACGAUUAAGGGUGAACCAGAGCAGCUAGCUGAGGAACAGUACAAACAUAUUGAUGCACAAUUCUAAGCUCUCAUGUCUUCUAGUUUUGAAGUUCAUUAGGAAUAUAAGCUAUGGCAGUGUAAAUUAUCUUUUAAAGCGUACCUCUGUCGGUAUUUAUCUGGAGUUCAAAAACCGUAUUUUGUUGUUUUCUAUGCAUAGAAGUAUUUUGUAAAUGUUCAUCCACAAAUGUGGACAGUCAUAUAGCCUUUCACAAUUGAAAUAGCUUCCAGCAUGAUGUCUAUCUAGAAACAAACAUUCUGCAAUGCUUUGUGGUGCUUGAACCAUUCAUUCAUUAUAUCAAGUACAAACCCUUCCAAUCUGCUGGAAGUGUUUGUAAACAGAAAUUGUAUACGGAGCAGAAAAUAUUAGUAGUGUUGAUCUAAAUUCUGGAAUAAGGGUAUUGCAAAUCAAUUCUGGGAGCAUGGACAAAUAUAAUUUAUAAAAAAAGUUUAUUUAUUUCUGAUGAGAA